UAUGGUCGAAAGGUUCUGAGCGUUAAAGUAAACACGGAGAAAUGGUUGACAUGUCGGCGGUGGUUUGACGGUGAAUAUCGGCAUCAGCGGCGCUGCAGCAGAGCAGCACAGGCCCGACAAACGCAUUCAGUCGCUCCUGAGAACCUCCAAGCUCAAGUGGAUUCUUGCUGGUGAGAAAUGGCUGAAGGAGGCUUCGACCCGUGUGAGUGCAUCUGUACUCAGGAGUACGCUAUGAGGCGCCUCAUCAACCUGCUCAGGCAAUCCCAAUCGUACUGUACUGACAUCGAGUGUCCUCAGGAGUUGCCUGGACCCAGCGGGUCAGUGGGUGGAGGAGGCGACCUGACCCUGCCCAUGGUCCUGAUGGGGUGGGUGGUGGUGGCUCUGGUCCUGUUUUUGCUGCGCCCAUCCAGCCUCAGAGGAGCCCGUCCUUCUGGCAAGCCCUCUGGACCUCACAAUAGUGAAAGAAGGGAGCCGCCUGCACCACCAGUGGACUAACACUGAGUCAGACCACCAGGAAAUCAUCCAUCUUCUCAGACUGAACAUGCUCAGUUGGCUACUACUGUGAGCAGGAAAACAGCAUCUUCCUGUCGGCCUGAAAUCACAGAUCUUCUUCUUUUCAUUACCUGGUUACAGGUUUUGUUCUUGGACCAAUGUUACUAAAACUGGCCUGAAUCAGUAAAUUGUUGACGUGAU